AUGAACGGCAUAUUUAAUGAGCAGCUCGAAGGAGUAGCUGGGGUGUUUGAGCAGUGGGGCGCCUGCGAACAGACAGUGGUCGCAUGUACGUUAGCUAGGCGGGUGCCGUGGCCGGGCUUGAAGCUGGUGCAGCGGGCCGUAGAGGCUGCCUUGCGCAGCCACGUCGAGGACGAGCGUUUGGAGCGCGAUGCCAAUGACGAGAUGCUACUGACCAGUCUGCUCACCGUGCGUGAUGACGAGGAUGAGGACGGUGGGGAACGCAUGCGACGCCUUCUGACCCUACUGCCACUGCUAAGAAUGGACAAUGACCGUGGCAAAGACCUUUACGUGACAGCUGCUCCUGCGCUAGUACAGCGCUGUGUGGACGCGCCUCGGCGGUCUUCGUGCUCGCCUGACCUAUGCCGGCAGUUACUGUCGUAUCUGCUGGUGCACCCAGCCCUGACGCACCAUGACCGAAGAACACUGACACAAUGGUUAAAGUACCUAGAGAACCAUAUAUCAGGUAGCAGGAACACUGAGAGUGUCUGGCAACAAAGAAUAGACUCGUGCCUCAUGCCAGACAACAACAUAUGGAGCACAAACACAAGUACAAAUACAUUCAGACGAACCAUCGGCAAGAACAUCGACUUUAGGGGUAUUUUGGACACAAUUGAUUACAUCAACAGCACAGAUUUACUGCAGGAGUCUUUUUCCAAGAACGGUCGUGACGUAGACAUCAGUAUAGAAGGAGACAAGCUGAGUUUUGAGCCGGCGAUAACCCAGCCUAAGUCACAGAGAUCGAACAGUUUGACGCCUCCAUCGACCAACUUCAUGCACAUGUCUUCAUCUGCAGAAAAUCUAAGUGAUGAACCAUUUGUGCAGAAGCCUAGAAGUUUCUCUCUCUCCAGUGAACACAGUUUGAGUCAGAUCAGGCCUAUUAGUAUAAUGUACGGCACGACAGGGAGCGAGACACGGUUAGAUGACUUGAGGUCGCAUAAUUUUGUCGAGCAUCCGGGCAUGUCGACUGUGGCGCAGUGGUUGAAGAGUUUGAGGUUACAUAAGUAUGUGUGGCUGUUCACCAAUAUGACUUAUGAACAGAUGAUGAACAUGGAUGAAAAGUAUCUUGAGAAAUUAGGUGUGACAAAAGGUGCCCGGCACAAGCUACUGUUGUCUAUCAAGAAGCUGAACGAGCGCGGCGCGAUUCUAGAGGGGGUGGAAGCGGAACUACGAGCGGGGGGCGCCGCGGGAGCAGCGCGUGCCCUCGAGCGUCUUCGGGGCGUGCUGCUCAGCCCUAUGGCGCCGACGAGCACGUUGCCCGCGGGCGUCGUGCGAGCCUUGAGAGUGGCGUCCGAGUGUCUGGGGGCCGCCGCGCCGGCCCCCGCCCCGCCGCCCGACGAGGAGCGCGAGGCGCCGGUGGAGCCGCUGUCGCUGCACUGCUGGCUGGUAGAGCGCGCGCUGCACCACGAGGCCUUCGCGCGCGCCGACCUGCGCGAGGCGCUGCGCUCGCUGCGCCACCGCCUGCCGCCAAGACAGUUCUUCCAUCACGUCAGCGACAUGCCCGUCAACAGGCGGUGUCCGAAACCCAGAUGGCGCAUAAACCCGCACAACGGUUACCAGAAGCAAAUGCAGAAGCGUCUGUGGGGCAACGGGGCUUGUAAGGGUCCGCUCGUGCCGCGCGGCAAGAGCCACUCGUACCCGCCGCACGGGGCCCCCCCUCGCCCCCCGGCGCUGGGCCCCGCGCCCCCCUCGUCGCUCGGGCCCCGCGCGCCGCACUCGGCCUCCGACGACUACUCGUCGUUGGACGCUCUGUGCCUUCAGAUGACGGAGCAGGCCAUCAACUGA